UAACUUAAGCUCUACAUGAGUUCUCAGAAGAGCAGCCAAUCAAUAAUACAAAGUUUGAUCACAAGUGGAUGUUCUCUCGACCCCAGCACACGGAUUAAGCUUUGCAAAAACCUUGUGACUGCAAUUUUCAGUCUGCACACUGUUUCAGGACAACAUUUUAAUACGGCUUUAAACAGCAACAUGGAGAAAAUCAUCCUACAGCUCCCUCUGAUAUUGCUGGUGCUGCAUAUACAAAGUGGAUCGUCCUCUGACAGUCCUGUUCAUGAGAUCGCCGAAGCUCCAAAGCCAGAAGUCGUGGAGUUCAACAACACAAUCUACGCCACUUGUGAAGUAAAUCCCGUCCCUAAUUUACCACCAAGCCAGCCACAGAUCUUUGGGCAGGUGCUCUUCAAGCAGAUCUUUCCCAAUGGAACUCUAGAAGUGAAAAUCCACCUCCGUGGUUUGCCUGCCGAUGAUCAGCAAGCGCGCGCCAUCCACAUCCAUCAGUACGGAGACCUCAGUCAGGGAUGCGUCACUGCUGGUCCUCAUUACAAUCCGCGGGCAGUCGACCAUCCCGGUCAUCCCGGAGACCUGGGCAACUUUGUUUCUGAGCAAGGAGUUAUAAGGAAGUUCCAGAAGCUCCCGGAGGCCAAGCUGUUUGGGGGUGAGUCCAUUCUGGGACGCGCCGUGGUGGUUCAUGAGAAGGAGGAUGAUCUGGGAAUGGGGACGGAUGAGGAGAGCAAACGCAGUGGGAAUGCUGGGAAGAGAAUCGCUGGCUGUGUGAUUGGCAUUACUACUCCUAGUCUGUGGCAGAAGACUGAAGGGCUCCCUAGGGAAGAGGUGGAGGAGGGAAACGAGUAAAAGAUGAGAGGAGCAGAAGAAAUAAUGCAUUGUUUCUUUGAUUGAUACUUGAUACUGUUUAAAUUUAGGAACCGUGUUUGAAAUGGGUCCAUAAUUAUUAACCUUAAAGGGAUCGUUUAGGCAAAAAUGAAAAUUGUGUGUUUUAUUCACUCUCAUGGAAUGAGUUUCUUUCUUCUGUAGAACACAAAAGAAGACAUUUCGAAGAAUGUUGGCAACCAAACAGUCAUUGAUUUCCUUAGUAUGGAAAAAAUGCUAUGUAAGUCAAUGGCUGUUGUCAACCGAUUACCAACAUUCUUCAAAAUAACAGAAGAAAGGUUUGGAACCAGUGGAAGAUCAUUAAUUGAUGGCAUAACUUUCUUUUUUUGGCUGAACUAUCCUGUUAAAACUUCCAAAAGAGUUUUGUAGCAAUUCAACAGAAGAGCCAUUCUGGUUCCCCAAAGAACAUUGCAUAAAAGAGUCUUUUUUUGUUGUUGCUGUUGUUUUUGUUUUUUUAGAACAAUAUAAAGAACUUUUGUGUAAUGGAAAGACUCCAUUGGAUAAAUGCUCUUCAUGGAACCAUUGACUUCAAUAAAGUUGUAAAUGUAGUAUA